AUGGCUAACCAAUACGUUCCUGCACUUCCUUUCGACGGAACCGAACCCUCAGUACCCCUUGUGACUUCCAAGGUUCUUACCCCUACGAUACGCCCUUAUUGCACUACCACUGCAGAUGCUGAGCGGAUGAGCUCUGUUAUUGUGCAAGUUUCUCCCAUUAUCGUUAACAAUGAAGCGUUCAAACCAGAGCGCCUUCUGGACAGUAUCAAGACUCACUUGACUGAUCCAAAAGAUGCUUAUCAGAAAUGGUACGCGAGGCUCCUUCCCCAAUUUGAAAACCAAUUGGAAACCCAAGGGAUCGAUAAAGCUAUCCUUCUUUCGACGCAACCCCUCUAUCUACACGAUAAAGUUUUGAUGGCCAUGGCGGCCUUUUGGCAUUCGCAAACAGGUGCCUUUUUCCUCCCUUCAGGUCCUGUGGGACCGACCUUAAUGGAUGUAGCAGUGAUUGCGCAUUUGCCGAUCACAGGCGAAGACCCUGUUCUAGUUUCUCUUGGAAAUCAAGAACUUCCCUCCAACCAUCAAGGUUGGGCCCUGGCCAAGCUUCCUGAAAGAGAAAGAGGAUGGACAUACUUUGCUAACAAAUAUCAGGGUAAGGAGGAUACCCCUGUUUCUGAGUUGGAGCACACUGCCUUUCUCCUUUUUUGGCUAUGCAGAUAUAUCAUUCUUUCCCCUUCGAAACUUGUCCUUUCUACUCACAUUGACCUAGCCAUCCAUUUGGCAUGUGGUCACUUCACUUCAUUAGGCACCUUAUUUUUAGCCAACCUCUUUGAAGGUUUAACUCGAGCACACCGACCAGACGAAUCGAUGGGAAGGCUACUUCCUCCCCCAGCGUCGGAUAUGGUCGCAGUGAUGCCCGACCAACCUGUUGUCCUCCCCGACCAAGUUGCAGAACCACAACAAGCACCCAUUGAAGAUGUGGUAUUACCCGAACCCGACCAGGUCGUGGCUUUACCCGACCUGCUUGUUCAGCAAGUUGAUGAGGUUCCUCUUGCCGCUCCCGAACCAGUCCAACCCGAACCAAUCCAACCAGACCAACCACCCCAUGAUGUAGAGGAAAUUUCCUCUUCAAAGUCGGGUGAAGCCUCCGUUAAUUUUGCCCCGCUGGAUCCGGGUAUGGAAUUAGCAGACGCCCAACAUCUUCCACCAGGGGAUGAAUCAGUUGCUGGCUGCUCAGGAGAUGAACAUUUUGACCCGAAUAAACCUCCCGACUCCCGUCAGAACCAUUGUGGAACGAUGCGCCAAUUUGGAUUUUGCUGA